CCUUUGUUUCCCGAGGCCCGACGGCCGGGCAGGCGAAGGAGAGGCCCGCGAGGGGCGGGAGUCUGCGGAGGUCUCGAGCGCGUGGGGGCAGCGGCGGGCGGGGACCCUGGCCCGCGGCGCGCGCCCUUGCCCCGCCCUGCCGUGGCCGGGGGCUGUGCCCGUCCGUGUCUCGGGGUCGCUUGUGGAGCGGGUGUCCGGCCCCCGAGGGGCGGCCGCACGUGUGGAGGGGCCCGCGCCGCGCUCCUCCGCCUACAGGACCGGAGGAUCGCCGCUCUCCCGGCGCAGCAUUGUCUGGGCUGCGGGACGCGCGGGGGCUCCUCUCCGCCGCCGGUCCCGGCCCGGCUUUCCUUUCCCUUCUCAGGCUCCGGCACCUCGAAACCCCGAGAGGCGCUCGGAGCUCGAGCGGCGGAGGUCCGGGUCUUUCAUCCGCCUGGGAGGGUGAAGUUUGAAAACAGGCUGCUGGCUGAGAAGCUCGGAGGCUGAGCCAACAGCUGCUUUGGAGGGGACGGCUCGAGUUUGCUUUUCACACCUUUUGGGUUGUCCGAAAUUGCCUUGGGAUUCCCGAGUUCCUGUGUUGUGAAACAGUUAUUCGGUUUAUUGUGCCGGUCCAACAAAAGCCCUUGGGUCUGUUUGACUUGUUCAAGUGUCCACUGUGGAAGGAUUUGGGGAACCUGAAAAUACUUUGUACAGAUAACUUUUUUUAAAAAAAGAAGAAAAGUAGAAGCACUUAAAUUCUGCACUUGAAGAGACAGAUUCCUCUCCUAGAUUUUGAGAGGUAUGUGAAUGGCCAUGCAAAAAAACAUUAUGAAGAUGCACAAGUACCCUUAACCAACCAUAAGAAAUCAGAAAAGCAGGAUAAAGCUCAGCACACAGUAUGUAUGGAUUGCAGUAGCUACAGUACAUACUGUUAUCGCUGUGAUGAUUUUGUGGUUAAUGACACCAAGCUGGGACUGGUACAGAAAGUCAGAGAACACUUACAAAACUUGGAAAACUCAGCUUUCACAGCUGACAGGCAUAGGAAAAGAAAACUUUUGGAAAACUCAACACUAAACAGCAAGUUAUUAAAAGUAAAUGGAAGCACCACUGCCAUUUGUGCCACAGGCCUUCGGAAUUUGGGGAACACGUGUUUCAUGAAUGCCAUUCUGCAGUCACUCAGUAACAUUGAGCAGUUUUGCUGUUAUUUCAAAGAACUGCCUGCUGUGGAGUUAAGGAAUGGGAAAACAGCAGGAAGACGAACAUACCACACCAGGAGCCAAGGGGACAACAAUGUGUCUUUGGUAGAAGAGUUUAGAAAGACACUCUGUGCUUUAUGGCAAGGCAGCCAGACUGCAUUUAGCCCAGAGUCCUUAUUUUAUGUUGUUUGGAAGAUUAUGCCAAACUUUAGGGGCUAUCAGCAGCAGGAUGCCCAUGAAUUCAUGCGCUACCUUUUGGACCAUCUACACUUGGAACUCCAGGGCGGCUUCAAUGGCGUUUCCCGCUCCGCAAUUCUGCAGGAGAAUUCUACUCUGUCUGCAAGUAACAAGUGUUGCAUAAAUGGAGCAUCUACUGUUGUCACGGCUAUAUUCGGAGGCAUUCUCCAAAAUGAGGUUAACUGCCUCAUAUGUGGGACAGAAUCUAGAAAGUUUGAUCCAUUCCUAGACCUUUCAUUAGAUAUUCCAAGUCAGUUCAGAAGUAAACGCUCUAAGAAUCAAGAAAAUGGACCAGUUUGUUCAUUACGAGAUUGUCUUCGCAGUUUUACUGACUUAGAAGAACUCGAUGAGACAGAGUUAUAUAUGUGCCAUAAAUGCAAAAAGAAACAAAAGUCCACAAAAAAGUUUUGGAUUCAAAAACUACCCAAGGUGCUAUGCUUACAUUUGAAAAGAUUUCACUGGACAGCAUAUUUAAGAAAUAAAGUUGAUACAUAUGUAGAGUUUCCACUGAGAGGCCUGGACAUGAAAUGCUACUUACUAGAGCCCGAGAACAGUGGCCCAGAGAGCUGCCUGUACGACCUCGCCGCUGUGGUGGUGCACCAUGGUUCCGGGGUUGGUUCUGGACAUUACACAGCAUACGCAACUCAUGAAGGCCGCUGGUUCCACUUCAAUGACAGUACUGUAACACUGACUGAUGAGGAGACUGUGGUGAAGGCAAAGGCCUACAUCCUUUUCUACGUGGAACGCCAGGCCAGAGCUGGAUCAGAUAAACUUUAAUACCUCCUCCUAAUCAUUAUUCAUCAACCAUACCAGAGAAACAUUUCCAGUUUUCCACAAAUACUUGAUCCAAGAUUUAAUUUCAUUAUGCACUUUUCAAUUUCCUAUUUUGGGUUUAGUUUUGUCAAUGGUAGUGACUUACUGAACAUGGGCACCAACUAAUUUUGUUGUUGUUCUACCAGAAAACCUCAGCAGAUGUUUUGAUUUGCUGCUUUAGUUGUAAUAAUUCAAUUUUUAUAUGUAGUUUUAAGAACUUAGUCUUAUUUGACUUUUUUAUGUUAAUGUUUUCAGUUCUCACUUUGAGGCACAUUUACAUCAAUGCUUUUGUUACUCACACUUUUCACAGCUGUAGUGGAGAUCACGUUGACUCUAAAUCAAGGAUCAUGUGUGCACUUAACUUGUUGCCCACAAAAUUUCACAGUGACUGCUGAGCAAUCCUCCUUUUUGCCUGUAAAAGAUAACAAAGGGCAUCAUUAAGUAGACCAGGUAAUUACUGCUUGUCUCAAGGCUGCUGUUUAUCAGCACUAACUAAAUAAAUUUGUUGGUUCAGUUGUACCUGUCCUGCAAAUACUAGAAUUACUCUUUGUUGG